AGCUGCAUCUCAUUUCUGGCAUUACAAGAAAAACAAAUUCAUAAUGGGCUCCUUAACCACAAGCCACCACAAGCUUCCAAUCAUUGACUUCACAGAUCAACUUAAAAACACUACACCAAACUCCACUGAAUCUAGUUGGAUCAUGAAAUGCAAAAAUGUUACAAGUGCCUUGGAAGAUUAUGGCUGUUUCGUUGGAGUGUUUGACACAGUUUCGACAGAGCUGGACACUGCAGUUUUUGAUGCAUUAAAAGAUUUGUUUGAUCUUCCGACUGAAACCAAAGUACAGAACAAGUCUACCAAACCAUUGUAUGGUUAUGUAGGUCAAAUACCUUUCAUUCCUCUCUACGAGAGCCUUGGCAUAGAUUUUUCCAACACUCCUCAAGGAAUCCAGAGUUUCACAGAUGUAAUGUGGCCCGAGGGAAAUGAAGAUUUCAGCAAAACUCUGCUAUCCUACACGAAGCUAGUAGCAGAAAUGGAGCAAAUGGUUGUCCGAAUGAUAUUUGAAAGCUAUGGCGUAGAGAAGUACCAUGAUUCUCAUCUCAAAUCCGCUACUUACCUCUGUCGAGCCAUGAAAUAUAAAACACCAGAGAAGAACCAGAGUAACAUGGGCUUUGUUUCUCACACGGACAAGGAUUUUGUAACCAUACUUCAUCAGAAUCAAGUGAAUGGCUUGGAGAUAAAAGCAAAAGACGGGGAGUGGUUUUCAGUUGAGCUCUCCCCUUCAUCCUUCAUAGUCAUGGCAGGCGAAGCAGCAAUGGCAUGGAGCAAUAACAGGAUGUACUCUCCAUACCAUAGAGUGACAAUGAAUUAUGGAAAGGAAGCAAGAUAUUCGAUAGCACAAUUUUCAUUUAUGGAAGGGAUGAUUGAAACACCGGAAGAGCUAGUAGAUGAGGCGCAUCCUUUGCAGUAUGAAGCAUUUGAUCAUCUGAAGUUUCUUGCAUUUUAUGACAAGGAGGAAAAUCGAAAGCUGGAAUGUGCUAUAAAAGCCUAUUGUGGUGUUUGCGAUAACAAUAAGAAAUUAUAAGACUCAGCUUGCUAUGCUAUAUGUGUAUAUUGUAAUGUAAUAUGUUUACCGCUGUUUGUGGGCUUUUGAUGGUUUGCUUAAUAUUCAGAGCUGUUUGUGCUUGCAAAUAUAAAUAAGUAAAUUCAGAGCUGUUUGUUUGUGGUAAAAUAAGUUUGGAAGUUAGCACUUAGCAGGGUUUUCCAAAAAGAAUUAUUUAUGCUUAAUUAUGGUGUUGGAUUUGUA